AUGCCAAAGGAGAACGAUAAAACACACGGCUCCGCAAGCAUCGUUUCUGCUGAAUCUGUGGACUCAACCGGAUAUGUUGUCAACGCGAAAGGCGAAGUUCUUUUGAGCAAUGGCUUGAAACCGGGGCUAAAGAACCGAAUGAUCAACUUAAUGGCAAUUUGUGGCAUUAUAGGGCCUGGAGUAUUUGUGGGCAUGGGAUCUAUGCUUAAAAGCAGCGGUGGUGCUGGGCUUUUGGCAGGGUUUGCCAUAGUAGGUGUCCUCUGCAUGUACAUGAUGCUCAGCGUUGGCGAGCUGAAUUCAACUUUCGACUUUAAUUUCUGCAAGCACGGAACACGCUUUGUCUCCCCAGGCUUUGGUGCAGCACUGGCGCUGGCUUAUGUUGUAUUAUGGAUCACAAACCUUAUUUCUGAAUAUACUUCAUUGACAAGUAUAUGCGAAACUUACACAGACAAAGUGCCAACUUAUGGUUGGUUCUUGAUCUUUUGGGCUUUUUUCACUCUAUUUCAACUUUUAGAUGUAACAGCAUAUGGUGAAUCGGAAUAUAUUUUGGGAUUCCUCAAGCUUGGUUUCAUAACGGCAUUUUAUGUGUUUGCCAUUGUAUACGCCUCUGGAGGUGUUCCAAAUAACAAACCAGACAAUCCAUUUGGGAAACACCCAUUAGUAGAUGGCUUUAAAGGUAUCGCUAAUUCCUUUGUUUUUGCAGGGGUAUUUUUGAGUGGUAUUGAAAGUGUUUCAAUUUUUGCAAGUGAGUCUAGGAACCCUGCGAAAGCUAUACCAGUCGCUGUUAGAAGCACAGUAAUACGAAUUUUCUACGUUUAUUUUGGAAUCUCAAUCGCAUACGGAAUUACAGUCUCACCAACUGAUGCCGCUUUAAGUGAUCCUCAUAAAUCAAUGAAAGCACCAAUGACAAUAGCGCUCACAAACGCAGGUUGGGUUAAUGGAAAAUACCUGAUAACAACAAUUAUUCUCGUGACAUGUAUAUCUUCGAUUAACUCUGCCAUUUUUUUGGCAUCGCGGUCAUUAUUCACUUGGAGCGAAAUGGGAAUGGGCCCUAAAAUAUUUACGAAAACUAACAAAAAAGGGGUCCCCUAUGUUGCUGUUCAUUUUUGCCACUUGUUUGGGUUUCUCUCCAUCUUAAGCUAUUCAGCUGGGUCCUCAGUGGCUUAUAACUAUGUGGUCAAUGUUGCGGGAGUUUGUGCUUUCAUUGUUUGGACGAGUAUCUCCUUUAUUCAUUUACGCUUUAGAAGAGGCUGGGUCAAGCAAAGCAAGCCUCUCAGUGAUUUAGGAUUUGUGGCGCCACUUUUCCCGUGGAUCAACAUCGUCGGGAUAACUUUAGGAACAAUUCUUGUUCUUGUUCAAGGUUGGUCUUCAUUCUGUCCAUGGGACAAAAAAGCUUUUAUCGACGGUUAUAUCAUGCUCCCUGUAUUCUUUCUAGUUUGGGGCUUGUAUGAUUUGGUUUUGCUCAAAACAAAAAUUAUCAAAAGUUCGGAAAUGGAUUUUGAAAGCGAUAGAAAAUUGGACUUGGAUGCUCUUAAGAAAGAGACCAGUGUUGUAAUUGUUGAAGGAGAAUAG